AAUGGAACCAACCCGACAGCGGAAGGGUCUUCAUCCGCCACUGCUACUUCAUCUGCGCCGACAAGUAUCUCAGUAACCUCGACCUCAAGCUACGACUCAGCUUUCACGGGAAUCUCUGUCGUUGUAGCUCAAAACGCGACAUCAUGCUAUGCACUUCCCAUCCCAACACCUUCCCUCCACGAAUCUCUCCUAAACGUCACCGAUCGUACGCCUCCAUAUAUUGAAGCGUUCUACCUCAAUGAGAGUACACACUCCGUUCAAUACCUCCGUCUGAUAGACAACGCCACCAACCCAGUUCUCGUCGACGUCUCCGAUCCGUCAAAGCUGGGAAUCGUUGACAAAGCCGGCAAUGUGCUAUCCAUCGACAGCGAGGGCCUGCACUUCGCCUCCGCAAAUUGUUCACCCAAGAUUGACGUUUUCAUAUCUGGUUUCUUCCAGCAACUCAACACCUUGACAAACUCUACUUGCACAAAUACCACCGACAUCCCAGUCAACGGCACAAAUUCAGGUCGUCUCCCCGUCUUCAAGGGGACCUUGGCCGAGAUGGCGCAAGACGCAUUCGACGUGACCCUCCAUCUCAAAGACCAGUGCGGCAACCCUGUCCGCGCCGAUCUACCAGUCUCAGUAGCCCUGGGCGGCACUCAAUGCAUCGUCCUCCCAGGUACGACGGGAGACUUCGUCGCUAAUUGUGCAUUCCCUGGUAGUGGCAGUGAUUCUAUGGAAUGCGAGACAUCAGUUCAACAGACUCUGGAUCACUUGACGCAGGGUUCUCUGGUGGGAAGUUGCCCAUCACUCACGUCAGUCUGGAGUCUGCUCUUCCAACAACUUGGCAGCGUCAUCAACGUCGACGAGCUCCUGCAACCCUUCAUUGACGCUGGGCUACAACUUGGCUCUGAUGCCGGUCGAGGAAUCCUGUCAGUUAUUGACAGCUUUAUGAAUCUCUAUGACUUCUCGGCCGCGACCUUCAAGAACUCGACUUCGGGCUCUGGGUCGGGGCUAGGUGAUAUCGUCGAGGGAUACGGGGUUACUACGAUCAAGACGGAAGUCUGCCGCUCCCUCAUCUCAACUGAGACGUUGAACCUCACAUUCACGGCUGGAACCUCUACAACGCCCAUCUCACUCGCAAACGUUACAAGUCUGCCUUCCACGGGCUCAGAAUAUGAGCGCAACGUCACGGAUCCCACAGCCCUUGCAUGCUGCCCGAAUGCAAAUGCGUGCGUCGUCCAAGAUGGAGAACGAUUCUACCCGCCCGAGGCCUCGAUUCCUAACUCCGAUUGCCUUUGCGGUAAGACUUUGGAGGGUGGCGGUAUUGGGUUCCGGACGGGGAGAUGCGUUGGGUAUGAUCAGUGCAACUCUACAUCUCCGUGUGCUGGAGGUGGAGUAUGUCUGGUUGACAACUGUUGCGGCUUCAAUGUCUGUGUGAAUGGGACAGAGUGUUCUGCUCCCAAGGCUGGUGGGAUGCGGGUGAAUCUGUUUGGGACGGAGACUUCUGGGGGUCUUUUCUGA